GUAACAACCGUGUACAAUAUCAUGCUUUCUCCUUCCUCCUCACUCAGCGGCGUACACUGCGCCUACAUCCUCAAAUCCAACUUCCCCCCACAAUUCACCCUAAGCUCAUCACAUCCCCCUCCGCCGACCUCUCCCCCCUCCCCAACCCCAUCCACGUUAAGCCCAUUACCCGCAACCCAGCUCGCGCGCCCCUCAAACCCUUCAUACUCGAGCUCCAAGUCCCCCUCACUCUGGUGUUCCCCGCUAAAGCACCUCAGAUGCUGCAUGACCUGCACUCGGAACUUUGACCUCCCUUUCCCGGCAUGCGUCUCCAGCUUCCCAGUGCUCCAACCUGUCCCUGCCUGACUCGUCAGUACCCUGAGGGACAAGUCGACCUCCCCCUCUGGGACAGUGUCGAUCUCCAACGACCGGGCGAGGGCGUGUUCCCCACCGAUGUACCCAGCGGGAAGCGCGAGUUUUGUCAGUUCUGCGGUUAACCCCGGGGAGGGGAGGAUAAGGUUGUCAACGCUCGACGCGUGCAGGGUGAUCGACAUGUUCCGCAGGGCGGGGGCGAAGGCGUCAUGACCGUUUCCCCAUGAGUCUCCCACCCGGACGUGCGCUACGUUCUGUAGGUCUAGAGUGAGGGAACGCAGGUUUCCGGGAAGGAAGAGGAUCACAUCCAUCCGGAUGCAGUAUGCAGCGUCAGG